GUCACUUCGAAAAACGUUAGCCGAAAAGUCACACUUAACUUUAGUACAAACAAAUUUCUGUUCCAUUUCCCUUUUUAAAAAUUUUUAUUUUUGAAACUGAUCAAAGUUCAUUUCUUGAAGAAAUUUUUUUUUUUGAAUGAAAAAAAAUUCAUAAUUGAGAUUAAAAAUGUACACAUCGAAUAGAAUCGACCCGUCCUUUGUUUAAUAUAAGGGGUUAUAUAUGCCUUCGUCGUUACUAAAAUGAACGUAAUUAAAGAUUUUUUUAAACAAAAAACAAAUUUAAAUAUUUCAAAACAUUUCAGUAUAUCCUCGUUAUUUUUUCUUGUUUUGAAUUAACCAUUAGAAAGAAAAGUAUUUGUGAGCUAUUUUGUUAGUUGAAGGGUAUUUUUAAGGCAAAAAUGUAUUUGAGUAAAAAGAUAUAGAGAGUUCGACACUGAGUAUGAAGAAAAAUCUGUUAGGAGUGCCGCCACCUUAAUAGGCCUGCGACGCGUGAUCUGAAUUAGUCGGGGUUCCAAUGCGGACACCGGAUGGAAACCAAAAAAAAAUAAAAUUUUGCCAAUGUUAUAUCCUUAAUCACACCCCACACCCAACCCCCACUACCCCACUACCUUGUCACUCAAUGUGCAUGUGUAUGUAAUAUGUGUAUAUAUACUGUCACAAAUGGUGUUAACUAUUCUCAACAGAAUUACUUGUUUCAAAGUAGAAACUCAACAGAUUGUCUUAAGCAGAAGAACACAAAACAAUGAGGAGAUAUUCAAUAUCCAUGAAGGUUUUUGUGUUGUUCUGCUGCCUAUGGGCAGUGAUUGUGGAGGCAGAGUACCUAAAAUACAAGGACCCAAAACAGCCAAUGGUUACAAGAAUCAAGGACUUGAUGAAAAGAAUGACACUUGAGGAAAAAAUUGGUCAGAUGACUCAGAUUGAGAGGAAAGUUGCAUCAGUUGAUGUUAUGAAGCAAUAUUUCAUUGGAAGUGUAUUGAGUGGUGGAGGAAGUGUUCCUGCACCUAAGGCCUCUGCUGAGGAUUGGAUCAAUAUGGUAAAUGAUAUUCAAAUGGCUGCUCUUUCGACCCGCCUUGGCAUUCCAAUGAUUUAUGGGAUUGAUGCAGUUCAUGGACACAACAAUGUCUAUAAUGCUACUAUUUUUCCUCACAAUAUUGGGCUUGGUGUCACCAGGGACCCUGAUCUCGUGAAGCGGAUUGGGGCAGCAACUGCACUUGAAGUUAGAGCCACAGGAAUCCCAUAUGCUUUUGCUCCCUGCAUUGCAGUAUGCAGAGAUCCAAGAUGGGGACGUUGUUAUGAAAGCUACAGCGAAGAUCAUAAGAUUGUGCGAACCAUGACAGAGAUAAUUCAUGGUUUACAAGGAGAUCUGCCAGCUAAUUCUCGCAAGGGUGUUCCCUUUGUUGGCGGAAAGUCAAAUGUAGCAGCCUGUGCCAAGCAUUUUGUGGGAGACGGUGGCACAGUAGGGGGGAUCGAUGCAAAUAACACUGUAAUUAACUCAAAUGGUUUGUAUGGCAUCCACAUGUCUGCAUAUUAUGAUUCAAUCAUUAAGGGUGUUUCAACGGUGAUGGUGUCUUACUCAAGCUGGAAUGGGGUAAAGAUGCAUGCUCAUCGAGAUCUUGUCACUGGCUUCCUAAAGGGCAAGCUCAAAUUCAGGGGUUUUGUGAUUUCUGAUUGGGAAGGCAUCGACCGGAUUACAAGCCCACCUCAUGCUAAUUACACUUAUUCAGUUCAAGCUGGAGUUUCGGCUGGAAUUGACAUGGUUAUGGUUCCAACCAACUACACGGAGUUUAUUGAUACUCUAACUCAACUAGUGAAAGAUAGUGUCAUUCCCAUGAGCAGAAUUGAUGAUGCUGUGAAGCGGAUAUUGAGAGUUAAGUUUACCAUGGGUCUCUUUGAGAACCCACUGGCUGACCUUAGCUUGGUAAACCAACUCGGUAGCCAGGAGCAUAGAGAGUUGGCAAGGGAAGCAGUAAGGAAAUCGCUUGUCCUUUUGAAGAACGGGAAGAGCGCUAGUCAGCCAUUACUUCCUCUUCCAAAGAAAGCUCCUAAGAUACUUGUAGCUGGAAGUCAUGCAGACAAUUUGGGUUACCAAUGCGGAGGAUGGACAAUAGAAUGGCAGGGCGCUGCAGGCAAUGAUUUAACAGUCGGAACCACCAUUUUAAGUGCUAUCAAGAAAACUGUGGAUCCUUCUACACAAGUAGUGUACCAGCAGAAUCCUGAUGCAAACUUUGUGAAGUCCAAUGAAUUCGACUACGCCGUUGUUGUAGUAGGUGAAGUCCCAUACGCAGAGAUUUUGGGUGACAGCACAAAUCUUACAAUAACAGACCCUGGUCCUAGCACUAUCAACAAUGUCUGUGGUGCUGUGAAAUGUGUUGUAGUCGUCGUGUCUGGUCGUCCAGUUGUGCUAGAGCCUUACGUCGAUAAAAUAGAUGCACUUGUAGCUGCUUGGCUUCCGGGGACUGAAGGGCAAGGUGUUGCAGAUGUUUUAUUUGGUGACUAUGGUUUCACUGGUAAACUUGCUAGGACCUGGUUCAAGUCAGUUGAUCAGCUUCCUAUGAACGUCGGUGAUCGCCAUUACGAUCCCCUCUUUCCCUUCGGAUCUGGUCUCACAACUCAGCCAGUGAAAAUGAAUUAGAAGACAGCAUUGAUACUAUAUUGUGUGUGACAUUCAGAUUUUAAAUAGAGGUUCAUCAUGUUAAGAGCUGCCUCAGAAUACUAUUCAACAGAAAGAAGGAACUAUAAAAUCUAUGUACAAGUUAAUGGGCAAGCACUACUUUAGAGAAAACAAGGUGUAGUCACUUUCAAGAAAAGCUAGUUAGUUAUUAUUCAUUAUUGAAACUGGAGAAAAAGCAGAAAGCAGAAUAUUGUAUUGAGGGCUUCCCUUUGAAUAUAUAUGAUGAUGGAUUAUUAUUA